AUGUCAGAUCGGGAAAUUGAUGCCAUACGCAAUUAUGAAAGGUAUCUUGAAGAAUUUGUCAACCAGUAUGAAGAGUGGAUUAGGACUAGAAGAAGGGCCAUCAGAGAUUUAGAGCAAAUUGUGGCCGACAUGGACAGUGGCGAAUUUCAAAACAAUGUCACUCAAAUUGUAGGUAGUAGCGUUGGUGUGUUAAGCGGAAGCAUAAUGAUUGGAGCUUUGCUUCUUGCACCCUUCACAGCAGGUGCGUCUGCCGCCGUUGGUGCUGGAAUAGCAGCGGGGGUAGUCUUAGCUGGUGGAAUAACAAACCUCACUUCUGACCAAAUUAAUAAGAAUUAUGCUUUGAGAAAAUGCAAGGAAUCUGAAAACAUCAUACUCGGGGACCAAAAAAGAACAACCGACCUAGAUGAAGCCGUUUUACAGAAGCUUUGGAACGUUGAAAAUCGUUUUACAGAAGCUUUGGAAACCUUGAAGGAGGUUGCUAUAUCUACAAAAAAGGAAAUAAAAACGAUGCUCAAAACCAUUAAAAGAGGAAAGAAAGUUGCGCAGGUCAUGUCGAAAACGGCCCGUUUGGUCGGUAAAGGAGGUCGAGGAAUCGGGAUGACUGCCGGAAAACUUAUUGGUAAAACGGCUGCUCUUGCUCUUGUUGGUGUAGGUUUUGAUAUCUGGGAAAUCGUCUCCUCAAGUCAAGAUAUUGCUAAUGGUUCAAAGUCUGAGCUCGGAAAAGAUAUAACAAACCACAUCGAAAAGAUGAGGGAAUCAUUGAAUGAAGUCCAAAAAUAUUCACUCUGA